AAGAUGAAGGGUAAUUUGUGGCAUACAAAAGAUCUUGCAGCCUAUAUACUAGUCCACUUCACAAAAUACAGGCCUUUGAGGUCUUUGAUAGCUACGAGAAGAGAAAGCAGGAAAGGGCAAUCUCUAUAUUGCCGUGCCUUCUCUCUUACUGGGUAAAAAGAUGGCUUCAGAUCCUAAGGUUCUAACAUUUGAAGAAGUUGCAAAGCACAACCAGACCAAGGAUUGUUGGCUUGUUAUUUCUGGAAAGGUCUAUGAUGUAACACCAUUUAUGGAUGAUCAUCCUGGAGGUGAUGAAGUUCUGUUAUCCGCAACCGGGAAAGAUGCAACUAACGAUUUUGAGGAUGUGGGUCACAGUGACUCUGCUAGGGAAAUGAUGCACAAAUACUAUAUUGGGGAGGUUGAUCCAUCAACUGUUCCACUAAAACGGACCUACAUUCCACCACAGCAAGCAGCAUACAAUCCUGAUAAGACGCCUGAAUUCGUGAUUAAAAUUUUACAGUUCAUUGUUCCCCUUUUAAUCUUGGGUUUAGCAUUUGUUGUCCGCCAUUAUACCAAGAAAGACUAGUCCAAAAUCAUUCUGUUAAUGCCUGCAAAAAGGGUGGUGAGGCUGUAGCACUCAGUAGCCGUGCAUUUAGGACAACAGUUGCUUUGCUUUACUCUCUUAGGCAUUGUUUGUGCCAAUUUAUUGUUAGUCCACAUUAUGUGGUACAUUAGAGUCCAUCAGAGUUCAUCACGGUCGGUAAUUUAAGUGUCUUUUUGUUUUUAUGGAGACUGGAUGGUGUUCAAUUUUCUUGUGUGAUAAACAGGAGCAUGUUUUGUUUCCUUA